CGGUUUCUACCAUGAAAAUUACAACAGUCUGUACGCUUCCGGUAACGCACUGGUAGCCCUACAGGAUGAUGAACACUACGGGAGGCCAAGGCCCAUCUGGCCCUGCCGUGUCUGGGCCUCCGGUCAUAUCCCAGGUUGACAGAGUUCCUGCUGUGAUGUCCCAGGUCGACCGUGAGAAGAUCUACCAGUGGAUUGUGGAACUUACUGGUCCUGAUACAAGGGAAAAUGCUCUCCAGGAACUUAGCAAAAAAAGAGAAGUGGUCCCUGACCUGGCUCCCAUGUUGUGGCACUCAUUUGGUACAGUGGCUGCUCUCCUCCAGGAAAUAGUUAAUAUCUACCCAGCCAUUAAUCCACCCCACCUCACAGCCCACCAGUCCAACAGAGUGUGUAAUGCAUUGGCUCUGUUACAAUGUGUGGCUUCUCAUCCAGAGACACGGUCAGCCUUCCUUCAGGCACACAUCCCGUUGUUCCUGUACCCAUUUUUACACACCGUCAGUAAGACACGGCCAUUUGAGUACUUACGACUCACCAGUCUGGGUGUAAUAGGUGCUCUAGUCAAGACUGAUGAACAGGAAGUAAUCAAUUUCCUUCUCACAACGGAAAUCAUCCCACUGUGUCUCCGAAUAAUGGAAUCUGGCAGUGAGCUCUCGAAGACGGUUGCAACAUUUAUCCUACAGAAGAUUUUGUUAGAUGAAAUGGGGCUAUCCUAUAUCUGUCAGACCUACGAACGCUUCUCUCAUGUGGCUAUGAUACUGGGUAAGAUGGUGCUUCAUCUAUCCAAGGAGCCUUCUGCCCGACUGUUGAAGCAUGUUGUGCGUUGUUACCUCCGUCUGUCCGACAAUCCAAGAGCAAAGGAAGCCCUGCGCCAGUGUCUUCCUGACCAGCUCAAGGAUGCCACAUUUUCACCAUGUCUGAAGGACGACAACUCCACCAAACGCUGGCUUCUGCAGCUUCAACAGAACCUUGACACCCCUAUGGCUGUCCCUGACCCCCGGAGCAUGCCUCUCCACCCUCAAUAACAAGUGUCUUUGACCCAAGGAGCUUGCCUCUCCCAAAUAUAACAAUUGUUCCUGCCCUCAUGAUCAGGGCAUGAUCUCCUCGCCAGUAACGAAUGUUUUUUGACCUAGUAACAUGUAUUUCCAAUCCAGAGGGCAUGCCCCUCCCCUCUUCAUUCACAAAUGUUCCUAACCUCAGAGCAUGAAUUCGAAUCUUUCCAAAAGUAACAAGUAUCUGCAUCAUCUGCAGUAUGUGAUAAGUAUUAUAAUAUAGCUUCAGUGUAACAUAAUAGUUUCAUUAAAUAACAUCGAUAGCUUCUGUCAACAUAUCUUGAUCAGCAAGUUGUACAGAACAUUGAUAUGCAAGCUUUAUUCUUU